AUGUCACGGUCUGCAGCACUCUGCUUCGACGACACUCUCCCAUCCACAAGGGAGCUGCGCUUCGCAUCGACCGAGGAUGUGAGCGCACUUCGGACCCACCUGUGCUGCUUGUCAGCCCGCCUUCUCUUUCUUUUGGCACAUGGCCUCUUGGUCGUGUCCAUUGCAGCCUCUUUGGAGACCAUCGAGGCAGGCCAUGCAAACUGGUGGCUGAUAUUCCUUCCGGUUUGGAUCGGAAACGCGUUCUGCCUUCUCCUGCUGACAUUCUCCUGGUGUGCAUCAUGCCCGUAUAUAAAGCGCUGCCUCGCAGAGCGCACCCCGCGUCUCAACAACCAUCCCAGCAUCUUGACAGAGAUACUUCCUGAGAUCGUGUUAACUAUUCCUGGGCUGACCUUUGUAGUGUUGGCCAUUUGUGCAGAGCACAGCUUCUGUGCGUACCUGAUGUCGGUCCAGCAAGGGCAGCCGCAGUCCACAACUAGCUGCGCGGUGCUCUUCAGCAUGAUCGCCUUGCUGGCUGUUUGUCAGGGUGCCCUCUUCAGGGACAACUCUGUCCUUUGGCUCUCUUUGGGCAUUGGGCUGUUCGUUUCGACGAUUGCUUUUGCAGUCUGCGAAGGUGACUGCCCGGCACCAGGCAAAGCAGUGGUCGUGAUGCCUUUUUGGCUGUCAGUGCUCUUCCUAUUGUUGGCUUCAGUGUGGAGGAUGCGCAGCUAUGCCCACGUCUUACAGCAAGAUGAGUUGAUGUUGCUUCGCGUUGAGGCGGUGCUUUUAGCCCUUUUGGCUUUGUGCCUCCUUUCCGUAUUGGCAAAGACAUGGCAAGCAAAGCUUGGCCAAGCUGAGGUGGACGGCUGCUUUACGGGUGCGAUUCUUUGCAUGCUUGCCUUCCCAAGGGGACAGCUCUGCGUUUGGGAGGCAAAGAGAGGCCAGCUGGUGGACAGGACAUUCUGGCAACAGGCCGUCACACCGCCCUUGGCUUCCUUGGAGGUCAUGGAAGAGACGGGCCCAACACCCACAGUGCUCGGCGCAACUGAUAGCGAGGUCCUCCCGGAGCUGCCGCCUGGCGGGACCUUGGCGUGCGCCGAUGAGUUGGCAACCUCCACGGGGCUAGUCCUCUCUGCACUCACCGCCCUUGUGACCGCUGAGCCGAGAGCCGGCGAGGAGGAACUCCACCAUGACCGCAUCAUCUCCUGCCGCUUCCUUUUGAGCAUGUUUGCGCUGGACAGCCUCUCCUGGGCCACUGGCAAGAUCUUCCAGUACGAGGCCUUGCUCAUGGCAGAGGAGCUUGGAUGGUGCUACCUUCUGAUCUCCUUCGUCACCACAACUGCAGAGAUCGUGGUGGAAUUCAUCGCCUCGGCGCUCACACCUCUCAUACACGCUCGUGUGGAGGGGCGGCGAAGCAGCCGCAGCCUUGCGUGUUUGGCAACGAAGGCAUACGCUGGCAGCAACUUAAUCGCGCUGGUGGUGUACCCGGCCCUUGGGGCAAUGAUCCACUUAGCCGGCAUGAAAGACACAGUGAUGGUUUGCAUACUGGUGGUUGUGCGGACCUUGCAAUACAGCUUCUGCAACCAGGUGGGAGACCAAGCACUGGAGAUGAGUCGGCCCUACUGGCUGCGCAGCUUCCGCGGAACGUGGCUUUGCCUCCUUGGUCGCUGCCCAGGGCUUCUCGGGCUACGUCGAGAAGCUUCGCCCGAGUCGGUGUCCUACUAUGUGACCCUCCUCCGCUUUGCGAUCAUGUUUGCCCUAGGCUCAGCAUAUGUGGUGGUGCACAAGAACGACAUGCUCCGCUGCUGGGCUACGCGAUGGUCGUUGGCUGCACUGUGCCUCAUUGUCAAUGCUGCGACCUCCCUGAUUCUCCUUCGUAUGUCUGCGGAGUGCAAUUCCUUCAACUUUCUGCACCAUCGUCUAAUACUCAACACGCGGCCCCAGAUGUCCUCCAAUGCAAUGUAUGUUGCGCUGUUGCUGGGCAACAGUCGAGGCCCUCCACCGCCACAGGCACUCUCGCGUGGGAUCGUGGACGCUGCUGAAGUUGACAUCGGCGGGGAGAGCCAAGGGUUGGCAGAGGUGGUGAUCGCUUUUGGGGCCCCUCCGCAAGCACUUGAUGCUCUUCAGAGCCUCGGUCCCGGCAUUGGCUCCUGGGUUUUGUGCCAAACGGCCGAAGCGGCAUUGGCGACGCGUGCUCGAAGUUCUCUGAAAGUGCGUCGAUGCCAGUCGGGUCUCCUCCAGGUUUCGGACCGGUGCUGUAGUUAA